AUGAUCGAGGAUGACAUCUACCGCGCAUCUUCGCAAUUUCGACUGUGGUCUUAUACAGAAACCUCCCUCAGAUCAUUGCGCACUGCCACCAACCAGAUUGCCAGUGAUCGAGUCCGCGCCGCCUUGCGUCGCGCCCGCGAACGACAUCUAUCCAGCGCAGCCGCCGCUCACGGAGCAUCUCAGCCUGACAAUGUCAAGGAGGAGAAGGACAUCGAAUGCCUGACUCCGGAAGAGGAACUUGUGCUGGUUCGGUACUACUGUGAGAAGACCGUAGAGCUUGGAGAUACGUACAGGCCACCUCUUCCUACGAAUGUCCGAGCCACUGCUAUUCAAUACCUCCGCCGCUUCUACCUCACAAAUUCCCCUAUGACCUACCAUCCAAAAUCCAUCAUGGCCUGCGCCCUCUUCGUGGCCACCAAGACCGACAACUACUACAUGUCCCUGAGGCAAUUUGCCGACGGGAUUCCCGGCGACACCACCGCCGAGGAUGUCAUUGCACCUGAGUUUCUUCUCAUGCAGGGUCUUCGCUUCACCUUCGACGUCCGCCAUCCAUUCCGUGGUCUCGAAGGUGGUAUCAUGGAACUCUCGGCCAUCGCUCAAGGCCAAGCUGCACCAGCACCUCAUCUCCCCCAUCAAACCUCCGAAUCCUUAAAGCAGGGCAUCCUCUCCCUGGCACCUCCACCAAUACCCUGCUCAUCUAUCAUGGAGCGCAUCGGCCGUGCGCAUAGCACGACACGUGAACUCCUCAAAUCCGCCGCCCAAAUGACAGACGCUUACUUCCUUUAUACGCCAUCUCAAAUCUGGCUGGCGGCCCUCUUCCUCGCCGAUCGGCCGUUAGCAGAGUUCUAUCUGGACACCAAGCUCGGCGGCCCUCUUGACCGUACUGAUUCAGGGUCCGAUGCGUCCACCCUUCAGAAUCCACUGUUCGAGCUUCGCACAAAGCUGCUCAAGGUCUUGAUGGACUGCGCGGCCCUCCUGCAGUCAUAUACACCUCUUUCCUCAGAUCCGGAUCAGAUGAAGAGUCUGAAGCGCAUCGCCAAGAAGUUGUAUCAUUGUCAGAAUCCUGAAAAGGUCAACUUGAAGCGGGAUGCCGCCGCGCCACGAUCGACGCCCGCUGUAGAUGCGACGGCGGCUUCAGAGAGCGAGACAGAGCGGAUGGCCAAGAAGCGGAGACUGGAGAUGGAGCAAAAGCAGCAAGAGACACCCAAUGUAUUCGGGCCGGAGCUGGUGCCAGACCGGACGAAGCAUUGA